UGGUCUAGGACUUGGCGUGCUUUUCCAACAGCGACCGCACUGCGUGUGAUAACAACAGCUCAUUUACGUAGAAGCCCGCAGGGCUGCAUAGGAAAGAUGGCAGCACACCGUGCGACGGCGUCAUCUAUCUCCGCUGCCGCCACCGCCACUUCGUCCAGCAGCGGCAGCGCUGGAAGUAGUAGCAGCAAGCUUGGCUCUGCUUCGCGCCAUUCUCAGUAUGCAGCUGCUGCACAAGUAUCACUGCGAGCUUCUCUUGCACAAGCCCGGCCACCAAGGCAGCCUUUCCCCGAGCUACCGCACGAUCGACAACGUAAUGCUCAUCACGGCGUGGAAAAUGUCGUUGAAGCCUCAGAACAGAAAGGUGCCUAUAUGGAUCUCAAGGGAAAGUCCAAAGCACUCCACGAUGAAGAAGACAGGAGCAUCGAAGGCGAAGGCAAUCUCACCUCAUCCCUUCGGCGACGAAGUCCGGCAGCUCGCUACGGCAUGACGCUGAACGGACGGAUAUCUCUGCCGCAAGUGUUGAUAGAUAGGACGCAAACUAUCAUGUCCAAAGCCAGUAAAUCUGCUUUGAAGGCAGAUUAUGCGGCUCAGCAAGAGGCAGCCUCCACGUCUGGCACGUUCUCCAAGUAUGCCUCCUCUACCCCCCCUCCUUCCGGCAUUGCGACUCCCCGUUCCGUCGUCGCGCAUUUCGCAUUGAACUCUCCGUUCCGCUAUGCAGCUAUUCGCAGCGUAUUUACUGAGGUGCAAAAAAGACUCGGGGGUGAUCUACCUACCGCUGGCGGUAGCAGUCGUUCAGGCUGGAGUCCGCGGCGAUUGAUCGAAUGGGACUGCAAGGGCGGCGAGGGCCUUUGGGCUUUUGAAGACACGUUUUCACAAGAUGAGGUAAUGGGGCCGGCAGAGUACCAAGGGUCUGACUCUGGCAUGGGCAUCCUGCACGUGGGUGCGGAUCUGGCGGCACAGUCAUCGGGAACGCCUUCACAAGCAAGCCGUUCAAGCUUAAAGGAGGACCAAGGCAAGGGGGCUUUCACAUUUCCGUUCAAAGACAGGAUCUAUGCCACCUUCUCCUACCGGCCUCUCUACAGGACGGAAGAUGCAAGCGCAAAGACACCCACUAUCCUGCUUUCGGCAUUCAAGCUGAGCGCACUCGCCACGGAUCAUGAUAGGCAAGAGUACGUCAAACGCAUGUGGAAACGGAAGGACGCGGAGGUGAUCGUGAUCAUCGAUUCCGCGACGCCGCGGGGCUUUGCUUGUGUCGCAAGCGCGCGAUCUCAGCUCCUUGAGCUAGGAAAUGCACCUGACAAAUCGAGCAAGAAGGGACGGCGGGAGGUAACAGUCGUCGAGGACGGUGAGACCCUCACCAUUGGAGACAAUGUCUUCUUUCAGCAAGCUUCGGGAGAAGAAGGCGAUAUUACGCCAUCGAGAGUUGGAGAGGACGAGCAGACACUAGAAAUGGCUCAUGUUGUGGCGCCUUGCCCACACGAUAAGCCUUGUCCACUGCUGCACCCCUUCGCUAGCUGGCUCCCGCCUUCAUCGCCUUUGGGUAGGAACAUGACCAGCUUCACGCGCGGACUGCCCGUCUGCAGCUUCGGGCAGAGUCUUCAUCUACCGAGAUACAGCCGCACCGCUCAGAGCCGCCGAGCCGCCGCUCAGGAUGGCGAGGCGCGUUUCAGUUAUAUUGUCAUCAGACGUGGGCCACGCCCGAGCCUUGAGGCUGGAUACUCUUCGCCGGCUGUAGAAGACGGCACCCUGGAAACAAAAGAUGCGCUUCAGGAUGCUGCUGCACAACUUGAGGCCAGCUUUCGACUCCGACAGGCGGCGGCUAAGACAAAAGUGGGAGAUAUCGAUGCGAUCAGGCGAGGUGAAGUGGCAGGGCAGACAGCCAAUUCGAUUCGUCUGCUUUCCGAGAUCGGGUCGCCUUCACAGGUAUUAAAGAACGAAGAAGAGGCCGACGCGCAAGAGAUGGCUCACGAGGCACGCGACAGAUCGGAAGAUGCGGCUGCGCGCAAGGAGCUGAUGGAUCUGAUGCCUAACAUUUUGCGCAAGAUGCAAGAGGAAGCAGGUGUUGGUGCAGAAGAAAUCACUAAAGAGCAACUGAAGGACGCUCUCGCCACUUUCUCCCUAGAAGGGAUAGGUGCCUCUGCUGCUCAUCAGAAAUCGGGUGUCUCCGCUUCCUCAAGCUUCGGUGAUGACGUUGCAGACUCUGCAGUUGUUGAGGAAGUCACACCUGGAGACCUGGAAGCGAUGCGCCUCGAGGCUUACAGCUGGCCAAGGCUGGUGAAACCACCUCUGAAGAAAGGAGGGCACGUCACAUUUGACGCAUGCAACGCGUCAGGAGCUAUCGAACGCUUCACCAUCGCCAAAUCGGCGGGGAGGCAAGCAUACCAGGAUGCGCGUAAGGCGCAAUGGGGAGACCUUUUUCCCCACAGCAGCAAGAAUGGGAAGGCGACGGUUCAAGUCGCACCUGCGCUCGCUGACGAGGCCACCAUGGUGGCUCCGGUCCUUACGCGAAGAAGUGCAGCACCCGUUGGCACCAGCGUCGUUGCUAGUAGCGGCAGCCUAGAAGGGACGAGCGAGAAGGAAAUGCUCGAGGGUCUCUUCGCCAGUGACGAUGACGCUCUUAAAGCUCUUGAGGCAAUCGAGCUUCCACGGGCUUCAGAUCGCGCUCAGGAAGCGCGUGCAAAACCCCCUGCAUUGCGCAAAGCAGCCCAUACACUCAUUGGCCCGGAUGCUCUUGCCCUCGCGCGUGGAGAAAAGCUCCCGGCCAACAUCACCAAAUACAAAGGCCCAUCUCGCCGGUCUGGCCGCAGAAGCAUUGUUGAGUAUGAUGCCGCACCAGCAACCAAUGGCGGCGAACAGAAGACCGCAAGGCGCCUAUCGCGGAAAAGGUCAAUGGGUGAUUACGACAGCUUCCUCUAAGGGGAAUGCCGGCAUCAUAUUGUAUUCUUACACGUGCGAUCAAGGCCAAUGCCCGCUUUCCCUU